AUGGCUGAUUCCUUGCUUGAAUUUGUGAUUGAUAACUUAAAAUCUUUUGGGCAGGAUCAGCUUGCUACCUUCACGGGUGUUGAGGGACAGAUCCAAAAGCUAACUGGAUAUCUCACUGUAAUCAACGCCAUCCUCCAAGAUGCUGAGGAAAUGGGAAUGACAAGCCAUGGCCAUGCCGUUAAGGCUUGGCUGCAGAAGCUCACUGAUGCUGCUCAUGUUCUCGAUGACAUAUUGGACCAUUGUUCAAUACAGUCCAACCGACUGCAUUUUGAAGGACAAAUAUCGCGUUUCCACCCUAGAAACAUUCUGUUUCGUAUAGAUGUUGGAGAAAAUGUUUUCCCAAAAUUUAAUGAUAUUAAUGAAGAAAGGCGCUUGUUUGAAUUUCGUGCUGCCAGAAUUGUUGAGACCCAAAACCGACCCCAAGUUGAAGAACGGCGCCAAACUAUCUCUGUCACCACAGAACCCAAAUUAUACGGAAGAGACCAAGACAUAAAGCUGAUUGUGGAGUUUCUUCUCAGCCAUGCCACUAACACUGAAGGUCUCUCAAUCUAUCCUAUUGUUGGUAUGGGUGGACUUGGAAAAACAACUCUUGUUCAACAUGUAUUCAAUGAUGAAAGGGUUGCGACACAUUUUGACUUGAGAAUUUGGAUUGACCAGCAAGAUAUAAAAAAUGAAGAGCUCGGAAGGCGGAUUCAAGAUUUGAAGCGACAAAUUGAGCAAGCGUUGGACAAGAAAAUCCAAGUUUUGGAGAAACUAUAUGUGGGGCACAUAGAAAGAGAAUUCAAGAUUUGGAGCGACGACUCGUGCGAGUAUGCAUGA